GCGGCGACCGGCGUCGGGUGCACUCGGCCUCGCCCGCGGCCCUCCAGCCCCGGCUCUCGCUCGCAGCGCUCUUAGUCCGCUGCAGCCUCCGCCGCCGGCGCCGCGCCUCCGCUCGCUGACUUGGACGUUGCCGAAGAUGGCAGAGGCCCACCAAGCCGUGGCCUUCCAGUUCACGGUCACCCCGGACGGGAUCGACCUGCGGCUGAGCCAUGAGGCCCUCAAGCAGAUCUAUCUGUCUGGACUGCAUUCCUGGAAGAAGAAGUUCAUCAGGUUCAAGAAUGGCAUCAUCACUGGUGUGUACCCAGCGAGCCCCUCCAGUUGGCUUAUUGUGGUGGUGGGUGUGAUGUCAACCAUGUAUGCCAAGAUCGACCCCUCGCUGGGGAUAAUUGCAAAAAUCAAUCAGACCCUGGACACGACCAGCUGCAUGUCCAGCCAGACGAAGAACGUGGUCAGCGGCCUCCUCUUCGGCACGGGGCUGUGGGUGACCCUCAUCGUCACCAUGCGCUACUCCCUCAAGGUGCUGUUGUCCUACCACGGCUGGAUGUUUGCCCAGCACGGCAAGAUGAGCCGGGCUACCAAGAUCUGGAUGAGUAUGGUCAAGAUCUUUUCGGGCCGAAAACCCAUGUUGUACAGCUUCCAGACGUCGCUGCCACGCCUGCCGGUCCCAGCCGUCAAGGACACCGUGAGCAGGUAUCUGGAGUCCGUGAAGCCUCUGAUGAAGGAGUCGGACUUCAAACGGAUGACGGUUCUGGCAGAAGAAUUUGCAGUCACCCUUGGGCCCAAACUGCAGUGGUACCUGAAGUUAAAAUCCUGGUGGGCCACUAACUACGUGAGCGACUGGUGGGAGGAGUAUAUCUACCUGCGAGGACGGGGGCCACUGAUGGUGAACAGCAACUACUAUGCGAUGGACUUGCUGUACAUCCUGCCGACCCAGAUCCAGGCAGCGAGAGCGGGCAACGCCAUCCACGCCAUCCUGCUCUACAGACGACGGCUGGACCGGGAGGAGAUCAAGCCGAUUCUUCUGUUGGGAUCCACAGUUCCACUCUGCUCUGCUCAGUGGGAGCGAAUGUUUAACACAUCGAGGAUCCCAGGCGAGGAGACGGACACCAUCCAGCACGUCCGGGACAGCAAGCACAUCGUGGUGUUCCACAAAGGGCGCUACUUCAAGGUCUGGCUGUACCACGACGGCAGGCUGCUGAAGCCCCGAGAGAUCGAGCAGCAGAUGCAGCGCAUUUUGGACGACCCCUCUGAGCCUCAGCCGGGGGAGGCCAAGCUGGCGGCCCUCACGGCUGGAGAAAGAGUACCCUGGGCCAAGUGUCGCCAGGCCUAUUUUGGACGUGGGAAAAACAAACAGUCCCUCGAUGCCGUGGAAAAGGCAGCAUUCUUCGUGACGCUCGACGAAAGCGAGCAGGGGUACAGGAAGGAAGACCCGGACGCGUCCAUGGACAGCUAUGCCAAGUCUCUCCUCCACGGCAAGUGCUAUGACAGGUGGUUCGAUAAGUCUUUCACGUUCAUUGUCUUCAAGAACGGGAAGGUGGGCAUGAACGCAGAGCACUCCUGGGCCGACGCGCCCAUUGUCGCGCACCUGUGGGAGUAUGUCCUGGCCACGGACUGCUUUCAGCUGGGCUACGCAGAGGAUGGGCACUGCAAGGGCGACACCAACCCGAACAUUCCAUACCCCACCCGGCUGCAGUGGGACAUCCCGGAGGAAUGUCAAGAGGUGAUAGAGACUUCCCUGAACAGCGCCAGCAUUCUGGCAAACGACGUGGAUUUCCACUCGUUCCCGUUCCACACCUUUGGUAAAGGGCUGAUCAAGAAAUGCAAGACCAGCCCGGAUGCCUUCGUCCAGCUUGCGCUCCAGCUGGCACAUUAUAAGGACAUGGGCAAAUUCUGCCUCACGUACGAGGCCUCCAUGACCCGGCUCUUCCGAGAGGGGAGGACGGAGACCGUGCGUUCCUGUACCAUGGAGUCAUGUGACUUUGUGCUCGCCAUGGUGGACCCCACCCAGACGGUUGAGGAGAGGCUCAAAUUGUUCAAGAUCGCCUCCGAGAAGCACCAGCAUAUGUACCGCCUGGCAAUGACUGGCUCCGGGAUCGACCGCCACCUCUUCUGUCUUUACGUGGUGUCCAAAUACCUGGCCGUGGAGUCCCCUUUCCUGAAGGAGGUCUUAUCUGAGCCAUGGAGGUUAUCGACCAGCCAGACUCCGCAGCAGCAGGUGGAACUGUUUGAUUUGGAGAGGAACCCGGAGUUCGUGUCCAGCGGAGGGGGCUUCGGGCCGGUCGCUGACGAUGGUUAUGGCGUGUCCUACAUCCUCGUGGGAGAGAACCUCAUCAGUUUCCACAUAUCUUCCAAGUUCUCCAGCCCCGAGACCGACUCGCAUCGCUUUGGGAAGCACCUGAGACGGGCGAUGAUGGACAUCAUCGGUUUGUUUGGGUUCGGUGCCAACUCCAAAAAGUAACUCCAUUAGAGCCGCGGUGAAGCAGAAGGAGCUCAUCCGCCAAAACCAAAUGAAGAGUAGCUGUCCGAUCCGGAGUGUAGGUCUGGAUGCAGAAUUGCCCCCACGAAACUCAGUUUUCCUUUCGUCAAGGGUUUGGUGUUUUCCUUCUUAUAGAACAGCAGGUCUCCACCACGUGAAGUCUGACUCCACUACUUCCUGGCAGGUCCCAACUUCGGGGAUCUUUUCAUCAAGUGCCCCCCUACCCCCGCCCCUAAAAGUGUUUGCAUCUGCCUGUGGUGACUGAGGGACGAGACUGUGGUUGAGCUAUUGAAAGGACUGGUGGGGUCGUGACUUCACGCAUUGGGAACGCAAGUGGCACGUUUCCUCAGGGGGAGGGGGGUGACCGGACACCUGGUACUCACGGGCGUUUACUACUACCCGAGCUCGUUUUGUUCAGAGAGGAAUGCGUUCAAGUUCUGGAGAUGUUGACCGUUUGUAGCUGACACGCGUGUAGCGCGCUAACGGAGACACUGCGCUUCUGGAAACAGUUCCUGUCGCCGUGGGUCACUCCGCCACUGUCCGUCUCUGGUAGCCCGUAUUUACCUCUCUGUGUUGGAAGCGUGCUGUCCGCCUCAUCUCUACUUUUACUGACUGUGCAAGUCUUCACAACCCAGUGCCUUAAAAGUGGAAGGCCCAGAGCGAGAGGGAGACCGUGGGAAAGAUUUCCUGGGUCGGGUCGGUCUUCAGGUGGAAUUGUGUCUUACUCCAUUCUCAACUGAAACCCUAAAUCAGUGUUUCCUGUGGUUUCCCUGUCCCUAGAAAGACCAGUUCCCUCCUGAGGGCAGCUGGGCUGGAUGCCCCCGCAUCCGACGGCCUUCCUUGCAUCAUUAAGCUAUGAAAGAAAGGGUGUGUGUGUGUGUAUGUGUGUGUGUAUGUGUGUGUGUGAGAGAGAGAGAGAGAAAUGGGAAGCAAGAGAUGUCACGGUCAAGUGUGAUGUGUCUGGAGAAGAAAGCAUGAGCUGGGCCUCCGGGUAGCUGCUCACCCAAGCUGACAACAAAGGCAGGACGUGACAUUUACCACUGACAAAGGAACAAAGCUUGAGAAACAGGAAGAAUAACCUCAAAAUGGUCAGGAGAGUGCAGGGCCAGUAGGCCCCAGGAAUGCUUUCCAGUCCCAGCUGGCAAGAGAUAGAACCACUGUCCUUUCCAGAGGAGAUGGAGGGCGAUAGAGACCAUAGGCCGCAUCAUCUCAGUGAUGGACGAAAGUGUCGCAGGUGCUAGGUCUGACACAGCCUGCCCUUCAGGUGGGUGUGCCUUCAUCUGGAAGCAUCCGAUCGACCAAAAAGCAAUUAUGCACUGAGUCGUCUCCAGGAUUUAACGUAAAAAAUAAAGGAUCAUGGAACGGGAAAGCCCCACGGCCUCCAUGGCCAUAACGACCAGCUUAGCUGUCCAUUUUCAAAACUGUAUUUUUCUGACCACUUUGUUCUGGUGGGGCUCGCCUCUGUAAGAGCCGUGCACUGCCGGGAUACCAUGACCAGGCCGGACCGUCGGAGGAGACGGGUGCUCGCUACAGGGCGUAUGCGUGUUUUGUUUAUGUACGUGUGAUAAUGUCAAAAUCCCACCUAAAUGGGCCAAAGAUUUUUUUUCCUCUUAAAAGCAAAAAUGAAAACACACACAAAAAAGCUAAAAUGAAAACCAACAUCUACAGUAACAAGCCCUACCCCCCCUUCCUUCAUGGUUCAUAGUGAAGGAGGUAUGGGGGAGAAUCGCCCACUCUGUCCCCUGGGGUAGGCAGGCGUGGCUUCCAGUCAAAGCUGGCAUCAGUCGCCAUCAGAGCCACCCCAACCCUGCAAUACUGACCACUGACCUUAGCGUUCCCAUGUGAAUUCCAGUGUCGCCGUGUAGCACUCAAACACAUUUGGGCUCGUCUCUCAGGUUUAAAUAUUUCAAAUGUAAUUAAUUGUUGUUAACCAGUGCAGUUAUCAAUGCAAUUUUAUAUUUCCUAAAAGAAGGAAGAGUGGUUUUUAUUGUACAUGUUGAAAGGAGGAGGGAAGAGUAUUAUGUAUUUAAUUUAAUUUGGAAUAAACCAUAGUCUUAAAGGAGCUGUGGUUUGAAUUUGUUAUCUUGGACUGUCCAUUGCAUGUAAAUACAGAUGCUCUUUUGGAUGUAAAUCUGAGAACUGCAGUAUGAAUGUUAUCAUUAAUAAAACAUUAAUCCCA